AGAAGUGAAAACAGCUGACAACAGCAGACUUCUUUCCUCCACUCGAAAAUUCAGACGCCACCCAAAAACACUAAAGAAGCAAGAGGCUUUUAAGGGGACCAGGAGCUCGGGCAUAUGGGGAGGCGCACCUGGUGAGAUGUACAAGUCCCUGCUGCACAACGUUACACUCAAGGCGACAUCAAGGAUCAUCAGGCGCAGCGUUAGCAGCCAGGCAAAAGGAGCCAGCGGAAAGCGCAAACAAAAAGCGAAGGAAAUGGAGUCGAGCCACGAUCGGAAUAGGCGCUGGACGCCAUUGGGGGAUCCGACUGAGGGUGGAGACCCACACAAGUGCUCCUCCUUCAAGGUUGUCUCGUAUAAUAUCUUGGCCCAGGAUCUGCUACUGGAGCACCUUUUCCUGUACGUGGGAAUCCCGCAUGAGUUCCUCAGCUGGCAACGCCGCCAGCAGAACCUUCUCAGGGAACUGCUCAAACUGGAUCCGGACAUACUAUGCCUGCAGGAGAUGCAGUUCGACCACCUCCCAGUGCUCGUCCAAAGACUGCGUAUAGGCAAUGGCAAGAAGUUGGCUUAUGUCUACAAAAAGAAGACCGGCUGUCGAACGGACGGAUGCGCCAUUGUCUACGACUCUUCAAAGUUCAAGUUGCUAGACCACCAAGCCGUGGAGCUGCGCGACCAGGCGGUGGCCCUGCUCAAUCGCGACAAUGUGGCCUUGUUUGCCAAGUUCCGAUUCAGAAAGCAGCAGGAGCAGCAGAAGGAGUUCGUGGUCGCCACCACGCACUUGCUCUUCAACCAGAAACGGAGCGAUGUCCGUUGCGCCCAGGUGGAAAGGAUUCUGGAGGAGCUGCACUCGUUCUCCACCGACACGCCCAUCGUCCUGACUGGUGACUUCAACAGUCUGCCCGACUCCCCGCCUAUUGAAUUCCUCGUUGGCAAGAAUGGGGGUGUGGAUUCCACAGAUUGCCCAGAACCCCUGCAUUUCGAGAUCAUCGAUUCGGGAAAAGGAACUGCCUCCACAUACCAGAACGAAUGGGUCAUCGUGGACUACAUCCUGCGCUCGCUAGGAUCGCGGAGCAGACACAAGCUCUUGCCCCUCAGCGUCUACUCACUGCCCACAAUCAACUGUUGCAUUGGGACGGGACAGAUCCCCAAUUACCGUCUGGGGUCGGAUCACUACGCCUUGGGUGCAGUAUUUACCGUUGUCUAGUAUUUAAUCUCUUCAUGCUUUUUGGACUCAUCAAUAAAGGUACGAAAUGAA